UCCCCACCUCCACCCCAAUUUUGUGCAUUUGAUUGAAACGGUGCCCCAGGGCUGCAGCGGGAGCAUGCACAGGAGGCCUGCUCAGCUGAUCCAUCCGGGAUCUACUGCAACACCCAAAUCAGGAAGCGGUGGAUCUUCUUCCACCCCUCCUCUCUGCAAAGCCAGAAGACUCCUUUUGAGAGGGGGGGGCUUCCUGGCUUUGCAGAGAGAGAGAGAGAGAUGGGGGAGGGGUUUAAACUAGACCCGCAGUGCUGCUUUGAUCUCAUGGACCUGCGUCCCUAAUCGUGCACCUGGAAUCACUUCCUCCCUGCCCCCCACUUAGCCAGGCACAGCAGUGUUGUCAGUGCUGCACCACUGAGCCAGGGCCCUCAAAACUCUGGAGGGCUGCCACUGGGAGCGUCGUCCGGCGAGGGAGGGUGCCCCGGCAGGGAAGGAGUGUUAAGGCCCAGACCAGUAGUCCAGAUGCUCUACCUUCUCUCUAUCAGAUUGAAAAAAUAGAUUCAUGGCCCUCACAAGGAGGGACCUGACCCACUCCCCUCCCGCCCACUUUUUGUUUGAUUGUCUACAGUCACAAGUGUUUUGUUCUGGGAGAGGACCCGGUUGCUAGCCAGACUUUUUCCUCUCUCCUGAUUGUGUAAUAAUUUCAUCACAGAGCAGUAUCUUGGCUUUGCAGGACUCGGUAGCACCUGUAAUCAGGAUAAUCUUAGCCUUCAGACAGAAAUUAGAAGACGGGGGGAACAAGGAGUUCAUUCACUCCUGUUGGAUGAUUCUGCAGUGCAGAGAUCAAAGAUGGAAGAGCAAGGCUCAGCUGGCCCCAAAGCAAGAAGAGGUCCCCACAUCACCCAGGCAGGGAGCAGUGGGGGAUUCUGGGGAAGAACUGUGCAGAAGGCCCUGAGUGAGGAGGACACCCUCAGCUCAGAUGCGCAGCGCCAGCUCUUAAGGCAGUUUUGCUACCAGGAUGCUGAGGGCCCCCGAGAGGUCUGCAGCCGACUCCACCACCUUUACCGUCAGUGGCUGAAGCCAGAACAGCACACGAAAGCUCAGAUUCUCGACCUGGUGAUCCUGGAGCAGUUCUUGACUAUCCUUCCAGUGGAGAUAGAGAGCUGGGUGAGGGAAUGUGGAGCGGAGACCAGUUCCCAGGCGGUGGCCCUGGCAGAAGGUUUCCUCCUGAGCCAGGCAGAGGACAAGAAGCCAGCAAAGCAGAAGGUAAAGGAUCUGUUUGCAGAAAUGGGCACUGAUUCCCCUAAGGCAGAGAAGACUCCAUCGGACGCCGGUCAGAGGCCACUGGGAGAUGAAAUGAUUCUGGCAAGAUCUCCUCAGCCCUCUCAUCUUCGUGAUGGAGGGGAAUCAGCUGCUGUGGAGCCAGAUCAGCAUCCUGUGUCCUUUGAGGAUGUGGCUGUGUCUUUCACGGAGGAGGAGUGGGCACUGUUGGAUCCUGACCAGAAAGCUCUGCAUAUGGAAGUCAUGGAGGAAAAUGGUGGGAUCGUGGCCUCUCUCGGAUACAUCUGGGGGGUCAAGGCUGAGGGAGAACCAUCUGAAGUAUCACUGGAAAAAGCUGAGGAGCAAGUGCAGGAGCAGAAACUGAGGAGUCAAGAUGGAGGAAAGAGACAAGAGGAGAGACAGACUCACACAGGGGACAAACCUUAUCAAUGCUUGGAGUGUGGAAAGAGCUUCAGGUGGAGUAGCGCCCUUACGAUGCAUCAAAGAACUCACACAGGGGGCAAAGGUUAUAAAUGCUUGGAGUGUGUAAAGAGCUUCAGUCGGAGUAGCGACCUUACUUUGCAUCAAAGAACUCACACAGGGGACAAACCUUAUCAAUGCUUGGAGUGUGGAAAGAGCUUCAGUCAGAGUGACACCCUUAGUAAACAUGAAAGAACUCACACAGGGGGCAAAGCUUAUAAAUGCUUGGAGUGUGGAAAGAUGUUCAGGUGGAGUAGUGCCCUUACGAUGCAUCAAAGAACUCACACAGGGGACAAACCUUAUCAAUGCUUCGAGUGUGGAAAGAGCUUCAGGUGGAGUAGCAACCAUAUAGUGCAUCAAAGAACUCACAGACAGGACAGACCAUAUCAAUGCUUGGAGUGUGGGAAGCGCUUUAGUCAAAAUAGCACUCUUACUUCGCAUCAAAUAUGUCACACAGCGGACAAACCUUAUAAAUGUUUCGAGUGUGGAAAGAGCUUCAGUCAGAGUGGCCACCUCACUUCGCAUCAAAGAACUCACACAGGGGACAAACCUUAUCAAUGCUUGGAGUGUGGAAAGAGCUUCAGUCAGAGUAGCACCCUUAGUAAACAUGAAAGAACUCACACAGGGGACAAACCUUAUCAAUGCUUGGAGUGUGGAAAGAGCUUCAGUCAGAGUAGCAACCUUACUUCGCAUCAAAGAACUCACACAGGGGACAAACCUUAUCAAUGCUUGGAGUGUGGAAAGAGCUUCAGUCAGAGUAGCACCCUUAGUAAACAUGAAAGAACUCACACAGGGGGCAAAGCUUAUCAAUGCUUGGAGUGUGGAAAGAGCUUCAGUCGGAGUAGCAACCUUACUUUGCAUCAAAGAACUCACACAGGGGACAAACCUUAUAAAUGCUUGGAGUGUGGAAAGAUGUUCAGGUGGAGUAGUGCCCUUACGAUGCAUCAAAGAACUCACACAAGGGACAAACCUUAUCAAUGCUUGGAGUGUGGAAAGAGCUUCAGUCAGAGUAGCACCCUUAGUAAACAUGAAAGAACUCACACAGGGGACAAACCUUAUCAAUGCUUGGAGUGUGGAAAGAGCUUCAGUCAGAGUAGCACCCUUAGUAAACAUGAAAGAACUCACACAGGGGACAAACCUUAUCAAUGUUUGGAGUGUGGAAAGAGCUUCAGUCAGAGUAGCAACCUUACUUCGCAUCAAAGAACUCACACAGGGGACAAACCUUAUCAAUGCUUGGAGUGUGGAAAGAGCUUCAGUCAGAGUAGCACCCUUAGUAAACAUGAAAGAACUCACACAGGGGGCAAAGCUUAUAAAUGCUUGGAGUGUGGAAAGAACUUCAGUCGGAGUAGCAACCUUACUUUGCAUCAAAGAACUCACACAGGGGACAAACCUUAUAAAUGCUUGGAGUGUGGAAAGAUGUUCAGGUGGAGUAGUGCCCUUACGAUGCAUCAAAGAACUCACACAAGGGACAAACCUUAUCAAUGCUUGGAGUGUGGAAAGAGCUUCAGUCAGAGUAGCACCCUUAGUAAACAUGAAAGAAGUCACACAGGGGACAAAGCUUAUAAAUGCUUGGAGUGUGGAAAGAGCUUCAGUCAGAGUGGCACCCUUAGUGAACAUGAAAGAACUCACACAGGGGGCAAAGCUUAUAAAUGCUUGGAGUGUGGAAAGAGCUUCAGUCAGAGUGGCACCCUUAGUAAACAUGAAAGAAGUCACACAGGGGACAAAGCUUAUAAAUGCUUGGAGUGUGGAAAAAGCUUCAGUCAGAGUAGCACCCUUAGUAAACAUGAAAGAACUCACACAGGGGACAAAGCUUAUAAAUGCUUGGAGUGUGGAAAGAGCUUCAGUCAGAGUGGCACCCUUAGUAAACAUGAAAGAAGUCACACAGGGGACAAAGCUUAUAAAUGCUUGGAGUGUGGAAAGAGCUUCAUUCAGAGUAGCAACCUUACUUCGCAUCAAAGAAGUCACACAGGGGACAAACCGUAUAAAUGCUUGGAGUGUGGAAAGAGCUUCAGUCAGAGUGGCCACCUUGCUUGGCAUCACAGAACUCACACAGGGGACAAACCUCAUAAAUGCUUGGAGUGUGGAAAGACCUUCAGUCGGAGUGACACCCUUAGUAUGCAUGAAAGAACUCACACGGGACAAACCUCAUCAAUGCUUGGAGUGUGGAAAGAGCUUCUGUUGGAGAGGCAACCUUGCUUCGCAUCACAGAACUCACACAGGGGACAAACCUUAUAAAUGCUUUGAGUGUGGAAAGACCUUCAGUCAGAGUAGCACCCUUACUUCACAUCAAAGAUGUCACACGGGACGAACCUUAUAAAUGCUUGGAGUGUGGAAAAAGCAAAAAUGAGAUGCCUCUGACACAAGCACUAAGUUCCCCUUCUGACCCAUUUUAUGCCUCCUUCUAUAUCUUCACACCAGCCAUGCAAGGUAGGUUAGGCUGAGAAUUAGUGACUGGCCCAAGUUGGGAAGUGAGGAAAAAGAAUAAGUGACUUUAAAAUACAAAACUGCACAUGCUCAGAGUAUUUUCUUUUUGUUUAAUAAGGUUGCUAAAAUAUUUUGUGUUUGUGUUUUGCUGAGAGUUGUGAAACUACAUGCUCAGAGUAUUUUUUGUAAUCCAUGAAAGUUUCUGUAAUAAUAAAUGUGUUAGUCUUUAA